AUGGACCAACAACUUUUCUCUACUAACAUGGUGGUGCAGAGGCCUGUAAUGGAGACCAACAGAGCUGAUACACCUGCUCCUCGCCAUCAACAGUCUCGCAGCAUGCUGGAUAGUGAGAAGACCGGAGCCGUCAUGUUAUUUUCGGGAGUUUUCCUCGCCCUUGUCGGUGUCACUUUCACCGCCAUGGGCUGGCAUUUCUACCAAGCCAACCCCAACUUUGAGUGGACCCAGCUCCUAGGCCCGAUCCUGAUCUCCAUCGGAGGCACUUUCAUACUUACCAGUGUCUGCAAGUUUGGGAUCUUCUCAUGCUGGUCCUGCAGACUGUUGGACGAAGAGGUGCCUGCAAGGGAGCAAACCUCAACGGGACAUUCUUUUACGCUGAGUGGCAUAAAUCAGCCGGUCCUGUUACGUAAUGCCUCAGCAAUGGUAUGUUUCCCACCUCAGUAUAACUUUAUAACCCAGGAAGUACGCCAGGCCAUUGACUUCCAUGCGGGAAGUUCUGUGAAUGCAGCCUGCACUCCACAUGACGCUGCCUGCUGCAGGCAUAACUCGGGAGACAGCUCAGCUCGCUGCACAGACAGCUGCAGAAGAUACAGUUUCCCUGUCCCGAUGGAGGUCCGACGAGACGAACAUGCAAUAAUCCGCUCCAGUCGUCCAGAAUCAGCGGGCCUUCGGAGUCCAGGCUCGGUCCUGGGACUCUGUGGCUUUCAUCUCAAUGUGAGUCAGGAGUUGAUUCAAACAUGGAGUGAUGGGAGAAUUAACCCCUGGGACCCAGCUUUCAAUGGGCUCAGCUAA